AUGGGGAGAGAUCCAACAUGUCUCCUGCGCAGCUCACUAGGGGCAGCAAGGAAGCGCCUCCUGCCAAUCUCACCCACGCCGCGCAUCAGCAGAGUUAACUGCCUGGCACCCCAACGUCGUGCCUUUGCCGACGUCAAGCGCCCCUCGACUGCGCCAAAACCCAUCAUCGACAUCAGACACAUCAGGGAGAACCCGGAACUACACGAGCAAAACUGUCGCGAGCGCAAUUACGUCCAACAGAGCAAGAGCCCCGCCCGCAUCAAGGAAAUCUUUGCACAAUGGCAGGCCCUCCAAAAGGACAGCCGCGCCGUGCGCGAAAGGUCGAACCUCUUGCGGCGCCAGAUCGCCAACCCAGUGUCCAGCCGCGACGACGCAGAUUUUGAAGACAGUAGGCAAAAGUCUCGCGACGAGCUGCUCGAGGAGGCGCGUGUGCUCAAGCAGAAGCUCUCGGCGGUGGAGCAGGAAGAGGCGAAGCUCGUCGAGGAGAUGGAGGCCCUCGCCCUGGCCAUCCCCAAUCUCACCAGUGAGGUCACCCCCGUCGGCGAUGAGCCGCGGCUGCUGAGCUACAUCAACGAACACCCGGCCGAGACGCCCAGCGCCUCGGACAAGGUGUGGCGAUCUCAUGUCCACAUUGGCUCGGAACUGGGCCUGCUCGACUUCGCCGCCGCCGGCAACACCUCGGGCUGGGGCUGGUACUACCUCCUCGACGAGGCUGCUCAGCUGGAACAGGCCCUCGUCCAGUAUGCCCUCGCAGUCGCCACGAGACACGGCUGGCGACAGGUCGCUCCGCCCAGCGUCGUCUACAGCCACAUCGCCUCGGCCUGCGGCUUCCAGCCACGCGACCAAAAUGGCGAGCAGCAAAUCUACGCCCUCGCGCAGUCCCAGGCCGACGCGGACCGCGGUAAGCCAGAACUCUCCCUCGCGGGGACCUCGGAGAUCCCCCUGGCGGGCAUGAAGGCCGAAACGACCCUGGACGCCUCGGAGCUCCCGAUGAAGCGCGUCGCCGUCUCUCGAUGCUACCGCGCCGAGGCCGGCGCCCGCGGCGCGAGCACAAAGGGGCUGUACCGCGUACACGAGUUCACAAAGGUUGAAAUGUUCGCCUGGACCCCGCCAGACGCCGACGAGACUGUCGACGUGUUUGAAGAGAUGCUCGACAUCCAAACCGAAAUCCUCGGGUCUCUAGGCCUGCACUGCCGCGUCCUUGAGAUGCCGACCGCGGACCUCGGUGCCUCUGCCGUCCGCAAGUGCGACAUCGAGGCCUUCUUCCCGUCUCGGCAGGAACAGAACGACGGUUGGGGCGAGGUCACGUCCGCCAGCAUCUGCACCGACUACCAGACGCGAAGGCUCGCCACGCGGGCCAAGAUUGACGGCAAGCUCACAUUCCCCUGGACUGUCAACGGCACUGCUCUCGCUGUCCCGAGAGUGUUAGCUGCGCUCUUGGAAGCCGGAUGGAACGAACAGGAAAUGUCCGUCUCCAUUCCAACUUGCCUGCAGCCUUGGAUGGAUGGAAAAGAAAAGAUCGUCCGGAAGACUAUCUCAUAG